AUGGCCGAGCACUUCAAACUGCUGGGCUCCUUGCCCGAUUCGAGCCUCUUCAGCUUCCCACCCACAAAUGCGCCUUCUCCCAUUGCGCCUGUCGAUGUCCCAACUUCGAUUAUGCGCCCCUUCAACAUUCCUGAGCAGUGGUUCACUUCUGCUCUCGACGCCAAGGUUCCUCUGACCAUUGCUAUCCUCUAUGCCGUCACUGUCAAGAGCCUCAACAUCUACAACAAGUCUACUGGCAAGAAGCCAUGGGCUAUCAGCAAGACCCGGCCAUUCUUUGCUUUUGUGGUUCUCCACAACAUUUUCCUCUGCGUUUACUCUGCUUGGACUUUCUGGGGUAUGCUUAGCGGCAUGAGAAGGAGCAUCCAAAAUCCUACCGGUCCUCAGGGUCUUGCUGGUACUGCUGACAGCUUCUGCCGUCUACAUGGUGCUGCUGGCCUUGGCAACUCAGUCUACUACAACGAGACCUCAAGCUCGUUCGUUUCUUCAACUGAGCAGGCGGCAGUCGUCAACGGUCUCCCCAGUGGAACUGUUGGUGGCCGUAUGUGGAACGAGGGAUUGGCUUACUAUGGCUGGAUCUUCUAUCUCAGCAAGUUCUACGAGGUUCUUGACACCUUCAUCAUCCUCGCCAAGGGCAAGCUCAGCUCUACUCUUCAGACCUACCACCACGCUGGAGCCAUGCUCUGCAUGUGGGCUGGCAUGCGUUACAUGUCUGCUCCCAUUUGGCAGUUUGUUCUUAUUAACUCGUUCAUUCACUCCCUGAUGUACUUCUACUAUACACUCACUGCUUUCUCCAUUCGGGUUCCUACUCCUGUCAAGCGAUCCCUUACCACGAUGCAAAUUACCCAGUUCAUCGUUGGAGCAAGCAACACAAUUGCCUACUCUUUCAUCUCUUACAAGGUUCCCGUCAAUGUCAUCCAGAAGCUCUCUGCUCCAGUACAUGCCACCACAGCUGCCCCCGAUGCAAGCCAAGAAACUAUUGUUGAUGGUGCCGUCGAGUCGAUCAAGAAGUUCAUCUGGGGUGCUGCUGAGGGCGCCGCCGCUCCUGGUGCUGCACCCGUUGCCUCCCAGGCUGUCACUUCUGAGGCUUUCACUGCGGAAACGCAAUACAUUACUCAACCCUGCAUCAUGACCACUGGCGAAACCUUUGCUAUUUGGCUCAACGUGCUGUACCUUGCUCCUCUGACUUACUUGUUCGUCAGCUUCUUUAUUGCUAGCUACGUCAAGCGUAGCAACGCCUCCAGCAAGAAGUCCCAUGACGUUAACGCAAACAUCGCUCUCGCUGAGAAGGCUGGUUGGGAUGCUGCUAAGGGUAUCGAGAAGGAGAUUUACGAUGGUGCGAACACGGCCAACGGUUCUUCAGCCGACGAGGCCUCGCGGGCUUCUACACCGAAGAAGGCCAACGGCAAGUCGCGACGAAAGGCUUAA